GACACAGGAAUUCAAGUCUUGAAGAUUCACGACCCCCUUGACCCCUUCAGGGACACCCCUUCUCCCCCUCAACGUUAAAUCUAACGUCCCUCUUUCCAUCUUUCCCGAAGCUUUAAAGAAAAAAAAAAACGAUGGCUUAGACGUCAAAGCUAACGGCCAUUGUUGUCCCUCUCAUAAAGUUCCAGCCGGAAAAAGAAUUCCCCACCCUGGGAACAUAUUUUCCUUUCAUUUCUGAGAUCUAAUUCAGAGGUAACUUAGUAUAAUCAUUGAACUUCGAAUGGAAUAUCAAGCGUGAUGAGCUGUGUCGUUUUCUUCUUGAAAGCAAGCGUUGCAUGAGUUCUCUAGGGUAGGCAAGGCUUUGUCUACUUGUCUGGUGACUUGAGAGCUUCUUCUUCGGAGUGAUCCAUGUUAUCUUAGAGAAAAUCGAAGAACUGUCAUCUUGGUUAUGGAUAUGAGCAAGUUCAGACCAGAAUCGCAUGUGGCGCAGCAAAGCCGUCGAGAUAAAUUGAGGGUUCAGCAAAGCUCCAACCUGGUUCAGUAUUUGGAGGACUUCCCGAACAGUUUGGAACAAGGGUCUUCUGUCCAUCCGGAACUAAACCCAGAUCUUGUUCAAGUUCGAAAUGUUAGAAAUGCUAAUUUGCUUUAUGAUCCCACUCUUGUUUCUUCCAGUGUAAUCCAUUUCUCAACAAAUUCUAACAUUUUGACACCUCAAAGAGAUGCAAUGCUGCAACAAGAAUUACAAACUGCUCAACAAAACAGGCAAAAUCCGGCCGAGGAAUCCUCAUUUUCCGGUAUGUCCCAUACAAUUCUAUCCAAACUCAAUGCUUCAUCUAAGGUCUCCGGCGACCCACAAGGUUGCGGUAAUUGGAAGAGUGUUGAUUCACAGCAUAGUUGCGAUUGGAUGGUGGGUUAUGCAAGCGGAUUAGCUGAUAGAGAAAGCAAUCAGAACCCUAUGUUUGUUGGGGAAGUCUUGUCGAAUAAUGCAAGGGAAAGCAACAUGUCUGCGGCCACGCAAUAUCUAAAGCCUAACUACAGUGCCUACCAAGAUGUUCAAUCUACUCUAUCCAAUCCAGGGAGUGAAAUUUCUAGCCAUGAGAGCAAAAAGCAUUAUGGAGAUUUGCAUUUCGUUUCACCUUCACUCUAUCAGAAUGCUCUCCAGGAUGUUGUUACUACUUCUUCGAUUGCAACUCAGGGACUGGAAGUGGCGUCCCUUGUACAGCCUAACGUUAGAGAAACUGCCCGUGGUUCAUGGAUAGAUUACUGCGGGAAUCAAUCAAGCUCAUUGCAUUUUGAUAAUGCUGGUGCUUGGAUGAACAGGCCACUUGUGGAGCAUUGUCAACAGUGGGGUGGUGAAUUGGGGUUUUUGGCAAGUAAGAGUAGCGAAGAACUGAGGACCGGUGCGAGUGAUGCCACGACUCAAGGUCUAUCUCUAUCUCUUUCAUCGAAUCCCACGCCAAAAAUUUGUGGUGCAGGUCAAUUCGCGGAGGAGUAUGGUUCUGAUCACGGCUUUAACUCCAAGCCUGGUGAAUUCAGGGAUUCUCAAGAUUCAAAAUCUUCAAAGCCUGGUUAUUUGUAUUCGAUGCAGAAACCAUCUGUAACUAGUAAAAGUAGUGGAAAAUCCCACCAGGACACGGGUGGAACUUCAACUUACGCUUAUCGACAUACGGGCCCCCUCGGCCCUUUUACUGGUUACGCUACUAUUCUGAAGAAUUCAAGGUUUUUGAAGCCAGCACAAGAACUAUUGGAUGAAUUCUGUCAUAUGACCAACGCAAAGAUUGUUAAAAUAUGUGAUGCUUCUGAGGGGAUUUCCGGAGAACUCAGUGUUUCAGCCUCAGCUGAUGCUGCUAAUGCAGUUGACAUGGAGGCUGGAGCUAGUAAAGGAAAUAACUCAGGGGCCUCAUCCUCUUCUUUUUAUAGUUCUAAUGAAAUUAGAGUUGAUGUUGGCAUUGGGAGCAGCUCUGGUGAACCUUGUAGGCCUGAGUACCAACAAAAGAAGGCAAAACUUUUAUAUUUGCAGGAGGAGGUGUGCAGAAGAUACAAGCUAUAUCAUCAGCAGAUGCAAAUGGCAGUUUCUUCUUUUGAAUCAGUAGCUGGUCUUAACGCUGCCACCCCUUAUAUAUCCUUAGCUCUCAAGACAGUCACAAGGAACUUUCGGUGCCUAAGGAAUGCUAUUUCAGACCAGAUCAGGCACAUAUCUAGAGCUCUGGGGGAGGAGUUCUUGUCCCCAACCACCGGUACUAGCAGUAGCAAAGGUGAUAUAAAUAUGUCUAGGUUAAAGUUUGUGGGUCAGAAAUCUGGUGGGGUUAACAUGGGCUUUCUUGAGCCCCAACAACACGGCUGGAGGCCCCAGAGAGGCCUACCAGAACGUUCGGUGGCUAUUCUAAGAGCUUGGCUCUUUGAGCAUUUUCUUCAUCCGUACCCCACAGACACAGAUAAGCACAUGUUGGCUACUCAAACAGGCCUUUCUCGAAAUCAGGUGUCUAAUUGGUUCAUCAACGCACGAGUUCGAGUUUGGAAACCAAUGGUGGAAGAAAUACACAUGCUUGAAAGCAAAGGCUUAGCUGAAGGCCAGAACUCUAGCAAAAAUGAUGGAAAAUCUGGCGAAGGAGGUCCUAGCCGGCUUAAUGAAGACCAAUCUAUCAACAGGUCAUGUAUAAACGUGCUGUCCGACAAGCAGUUGGCUUGCUCAGAUAUGCAUGUCGAAGGCAUUACGGGAGAAGAACAUUGGAAUCAUGAGAAACGCUCAAGGAUGGAUUUUCAUAUCCCAACAACCAUGGAGGGUUCAUUGAUGGGUUUCGCACCAUACCAGCCAAGCAGGCUUGAGAUGGGUGGCCUUGGAGCUGUGUCGCUUACCUUGGGACUUAGGCAUGGUGUAGAAAGUGCACAACAGCAUCAACAACAAUAUCAACGACAGGAGGAUCAGCUUAGGCCGCAAUUUGGGGGUCAAAUGAUUCAUGACUUUGCCGGUUGAGUUUAUAAUGGUCUUUCCUUGUGACAAUUUUCCGAAAUAUGGCAAGGAAAAUCCUGCUAACAGACGGUCGCAGGUAACCUUGACAGUAUUUGUUGGUCAUGCUAAAAUGUUGAAUGUAGGAGAUGGCACCAUGCGCUAGUUGGUGCUUGUUUUAGUUAGGAGGCGGGAGCCAUUCAUGUUGAUGUGGUAAUGGUACUUUGGAAACGGGCAGGAAUAAAAUGUUUGGGGUCUGAUUUGCAAUGCAAGUUGUGGGAAGAGGUUUGGAUUUGUCUUGGUAGGAUUUUAGUUAAUCACAAUUGUAUAGGACUUGUUCUGUUUGAGGGUAAGAAAGAUUUGACAUCCAAGAUUCAUCAAUAAGUUGGCACUUGCAGGAAUUUUGUAUUUGGAAAUCAUCUUCGGCUCUUGUUUUGCCUGAUAAACAAGAGAUGCCGAAAGAAUGUAUCGGAAUGAAAUCUGUGCACGUAGAUUACUUCUGGAGCCCAAAUUUCUUGGUCGUUGAUAUUGUUGUUAACUGCGACAUAAACUAGUUGAAGGAAAAAUGGGGAAUUGCCAAUGAAAUAUAUGCAAUUUUAGGCCGUUUCGUUAGCUGGAC